AGGGAACCACAAGCUUAUAUAUAGGUGCGAAUUUGGCUUCUUGAAUCCAUACCAAGUCUUCUUUUAAUUUCCUAUCAUUGCCAUAGCAAGAAGCCAUCCAAGAAAAUGUCGUCAAAAAAUUACAGUUUUCUCAGUUUCCAUGGCCUUUCAAGAAAACCCUCGUCAGUAAAAACAGCCCAGUCAAGAAUCUACAGAGAAAAACAAACCUCACCAAAAUCUUUCCAACCAAAUGAGGAAGAGAUGAAAUGGGUGUUUUCCAAAUUUGACACCAACAAAGAUGGCAAGAUUUCACGCCAAGAGUACAAGUCAGCGUUGAGGAGCUUGGGCAAGGGAAUGGACGAAGAUGAAAUGGCCAAGUCAUUUGAGGCUACUGAUACUGAUGGAGAUGGUUUCAUAGACUUCAAGGAGUUCAUGAAGAUGAUGAAUAGCGAGGGAGAUGGGGUGAAGGCCAGUGAUAUUCAUAGUGCGUUUCAAGCUUUCGAUUUGGAUGGCAAUGGGAAAAUAAGUGCAGAAGAAUUAAUGCAAGUCUUGAAGAGGAUGGGAGAGAAGUUUAGUUUGGAUGCUUGUAGAAAAAUGAUAAAAGGAGUUGAUAGUGAUGGAGAUGGUUUGAUUGACAUAGAUGAAUUCAUGAACAUGAUGACCCGUACCAUGAAGUCUUCCUAGAGGUCGAAAACUUGUUUUGAUCUUACAAUGAUUAUAUAUAUAUAUCAAGCACAAACUCAGUGUCAUCUAAGCAUAAUUGUGUUGUGAGUGUCAACCAUUCAAGACAGAAUUUGAAAUUUCUCCAAAACAAAAAAAAAAAAGUUUCUUUUAUGGUUUGGCUUACAUUCGAUUUGCGACUGAUAAUUGGUUUGGUUUUGGUUGUGAUGAAAAAAAAAAAAGAAAAAAAAAGGGCCCAACCGGGUUCGAACCGGUGACCUCUUGAUCUGCAGUCAAAUGCUCUACCACUGAGCUAUGGACCCAACGCUUGCUGGUUUUUCAACUUUCAUUAACAAGAAUUGAAGCCAAUGAUAUAUUAACUGC